ACCAGAUCCCAGAAGCUGAACAGCUCGACCUUCUCUGCACAGCGGCUGUGGAACUUGGGCUCGGAAAAGGGGAGUGAUUUCUGCAAAGGCUCGUUAAGUUAGCAAGACAAUAUACCCACUUCAAGAGUACUCUCCUGUCAACAUGUAUUGGAAAUUUUUAAUUUAGAGGGCAUUACAUUGGCAAUUUUGAUGAUCGAAAGAUAAGUUUUUCUUUAUUCCAUGGAUGUAUAAUCCAUCAGAAAACAUAUACUUGACUAAAAUUUGCAAACAUGGGGAGUGAUUAGUAGAGAGGGAAAGCAGGUACCAUGCUGUGGCAAAACGAGGAAGGGCCAUGAGAGAUGGGCAUGUGUGGGGAGGCAGCAAUGAUGUGGAGAGCCUGCCAGAGAGCAUGUGCAGUGGACACAGGGUGAACGGAGGUUCCCAGGUGGAUUGUUGGAGCCUAAGGGGGAAGUUUAGAUAAGAGUUUUCCUGGGAGAACUAUGGUACUCUAUGAGGAGGACAUGAGUGAGUAGAUUCUAGACUGCUGAUGUUACAAUCUUUCCAAAUCAUUGAAAAACUGAGGUGUCACAUCAAUCUUCAGCCAAUGACACACAGCCAAGAGUGGUAUUAAAAGUGAUUUAAUCAGGGCAGAGCAAGAAACAUGCAUUUCUUUUCACUUGAUUCCUCAGAUGAACCCUGAGCAGCUGAAGACCAGAAAAGCCACUAAGACUUUCUGCUUAAUUCAGGGGCUUAGAGGAUUCUUCAAAGAGUGUGAAAGCUUCAGAGUAUAUAUUUGCAUAUUUGUAUGUGUUUUCAUGUUGUACGUAGGUUUUGAGACGUAACACGAAGAAAAGAAGCGUAGAGAAAGGCUCCACUUAAAGGAUGUGGAAGAAGUCAACUUUACCUUAUUCCCUGGAAGAUAUGUAGGGAUCAUCAAAGCAUCCCAUGAUCUCAAAUUCAGGGAAAAAGAAAGAAAAGAGAGGCUCUCAGUUCUGAAGGAGAAUGAAAUGACAAAUAUUUGUCAUUAAACUGGGCUUCAUUCCUAUUUAAUCAAAGCACUGAAUCAGCUGUUUUGUCUCUAGGUCCAGCAUCCUUUGAAGCAUGAGUUCUUACCAGGAGAAGCAGACCUUUACCCCACCACCUCAGCUUCAACAGCAGCAGGUGAAACAACCCAGCCAGCCUCCACCUCAGGAACCAUUUGUUCCCAUAACCAAGGAGCCAUGCCACCCAAAAGUUCCACAACCUGGAACCGCAAAGAUUCCAGAGCCAGAUUGCACCAAGGUCCCUAAGCCAGGCUACACCAAGGUCCCUGAGCCAGGCAGCACCAAGGUCCCUGAGCCAGGCUGCACCAAGGUCCCUGAGCCAGGCAGCACCAAGGUCCCUGAGCCAGGCUGCACCAAGGUCCCUGAGCCAGGCAGCACCAAGGUCCCUGACAAAGGCUGCAUCAACUUUCCUGAGCCAGGCGCCAUUAAAAUCCCUGAGCAAGGUUACACCAAAGUUCCUGAGCCAGGCUACACAACGGUACCAGAGCCGCAUCCAGUCACUCCAGGCCCAGCUCAGCAGAAGACCAAGCAGAAGUAAUUUGGUGCACAGACAAGCCUUUGAGAAGCCGACCACCAGAUGCUGGACACCCUCUUCCCACCUGCUUCUGUGUCUUCAUUGUCAGUAGACCUUGUAAUCAGUACAUUGUCACCCCGAGUCAUAGUCUCUCUCUUAUUUGUACCCUAAAAAUAUGUACUAUGAAGCUUUUGCUUGCACACACUCUGAAGAAUCCUGUAAGCCCCUGAAUUAAGCAGAAAGUAUUAGUGGCUUUUCUGGUCUUCAGCUGCUCAGGGUUCAUUUGAAGAUUCGAAUGAAAAGAAAUGCAUGUUUCCUGCUCUGCCCUCAUUAAAUCGCUUUUAAUUCCA